CCUUUGCAAUCCAAUAUUAAUAAUCAAAAUGCACAACAAAUUGUUCGCCAAAACAAUUUACAAAGUGAAUGCUUACAACAAAUUGUUUCCCAAAAUCAAAACAAUGAUACUAUUUUUAUCAAUUUUCAAAAUACAUGCCAGCCUAUGAAUAAUGAUACUAUUCUUACCAAUACACCUCAAUCUUUGGUUUCCCAAAAUAAUGUUACUACUAUUUCUUCUCAAGAAUCAUCAAGCAAACAUUAA